UCGUAGCGAUCGGUGCUUGAGCAAAAUGUACGUUUUGAAGGUGAUUGUACCGUUACUGCUGAUGUUGUUUCUUUCGCAUACAGGCCGAGGCGACGAUCAUCACAACACCACAGAUAGACGCUUACCAGGGUUUGCAUACGAGAUGAUUGCAAACAAAUUGGAGUACAUGCAGGACAAACUGAUCGCAAUGGAAUCGGCUAUAAAGGAGGAUCGGAAGCUCAUCGAUCAGCAAACUGACGCAAUUCACGCAAAUCACGCACAGAUGAAGGAGGACAUGCAAUUGCUUGUUCGGAAGUUCAUCGAUGCGCAAACUCAUUCAAACAAAGCGCUCAUUGAGGCAGCCAACGCUAACCAAGCAAAGAUGAAGGAGGAGAUUCAACUGCUCGCUCGCAAGUGUAUUGAUCAGCAGACUGAGACAUUUGAAACUAAUAACGCACAGAUCCGGGAUGAGAUUCAGCAGCUCGCGUCAAAGAAAGAUCUUGCUCGGUUUAUGACUAUUUCCGGCUUGAACCUUCACAGUAUUUCGUUUGAAUCAUGCAAGGAAAAUAUAUUGAAACGAUCGGGUCAAUAUCUAAUACAACCUACUGAGAACAAUAAACCGUUUCGGGGAUAUUGUGAACAGACUGCUUUCGGAGGAGGUUGGUUAGUGAUCCAGUAUCGUUACGAUGGAUCGGUGGACUUUUACCGCAACUGGACCGAGUAUCGGAAUGGGUUUGGCAGCAUGGAUGGAGAGUUCUGGCUAGGGUUGGAGUAUUUACAUCGCAUGACAUCGGCACGAAAGCACGAGCUGCUGGUAGAACUGAAAGACUUUGAAGGAAACUACAUGUACGCGCGGUACGAUGAGUUCGCGAUCGGUAGUGAGGAGGAGCAAUAUCCGUUAGCAAAGCUCGGAGCGUACACAGGAACGACUGGAGAUGCAUUAUCGUAUCAUAAGGGCAUGAAGUUCACGACGAAGGAUCGGGACAACGACUUGGCAAGUUCAAACUGCGCUAAUAACUGGAAGGGAGCAUGGUGGUACAAAGCAUGUCACGGUGCAAAUCUUAACGGACUGUACAGGAACAGUGUGGAUGGAGAAAAUAUUGUUUGGAAUGCUUACAAAAGGUACUGGGGAUUGGCAUACUCAAGAAUGAUGAUUCGCGAGAUUUAACGAGUACCUUAAUUUUAAUAAAAAAAGGAAUACAGCACCAGUCGUUUAAUUCUUGAUCAUAGGGUCAUCACAUUAGAUCGACUUUGCCCAAAUGCAUCUGACGACAGUUUACAGUUGUUGCUGCUAAAUGCUACUUUUUAAUAAUAUCUAGUAAUUUAUGUUGGUAAUUCAUUAAUUCAUAUUCAUUAUUUAUUAGUGUAGAACAGCAAUUUUCAACCGGUGUGGUAUAACAUAUAACAAGUCAUUAAACAUCAAACCAUAUCCUGGUUGUUACAGGUAGAGACAUUCUUCUUCUUCUUCUUUGGCACAAAAACCGUUGUCGGUCAAGGGCCUGCCUUGUACCCACUAGUGAAAUGAGCUUGGCUUUCAGUGACUUAUUGUUUCCAUAGCAGGAUAGUUAGUCCUACGCGUAGGGGAGCAUGGUCUAUUCGGGGCUCGAACCCGUAAUGGGCAUCUUGUUAAGUCGUACGAGUUGACGACUGUACCACCAAACCGGCCCCAGAGAGACAUUACAGCUGGUGAAAUAUAAUUCGUAUCAACUCAAAAAAUAAAAACAAAAUAGACAAACGUCUAUAUAUAACUGCGAGGGUUUCAUACGGCGGGUCCCAUGUUGCUUCACAAGACCAUUUUGUAAUAAUAAAAGUUUAUUUGUUUUUUUGAAGCUCACGUAUGCCAGUCGUAUCAUUCAGCUAGGCGUGAAAGAUAUAUUACAAUACAAUUAAGUUUUGUCUUAUGGCUCGAGUUGGUUAAAAUGUAUUGUAUCGUGAAGUGUGAUA